CGGCCGCUCAGUCAGGCAGCCAGACGCCCGCCCGCUCGCUCGUUCGCUCGCUCGGCUCUAGGUCGGUUGUUCCGCGGCCAGCAGCUGGUCCGGGGACGCUGGAUUUCACCGCCUUGAAGAGCGUUCAUUAGCGCUCAGUGCAGGAAGACAGAGAAGGAGGAGAAGCCCAUGUGGGAGCGAUUUCCAACAAGUUUGGAGGAAAUGCUGAUGUUGAGUGGAUACCCCCUGCAGAGGUGGUUUGAGUCCUCGCAAUCAUAGAUCCGUCAUCAAGGGAAUAGCUUUCAUCAUGACUGCCUACCUCGAGACUGCGCUCCUUGACCCCUCCUGUGGAGGGUGUAAUUACUGAGGGAGGGGCAGCAAGACUGAGAUAAGCUUUCCUGUGAAGAUAGAAAUCAUCCAAACCAUGUAGUGUUCCUUUCUCCAAGGAAUGGGGGAGGGUCUACAUUUGAGUCUGAUCUUUUUUCAUUUAUUUCUGCUUAUGUAAUUAGUGGAAGAGAUUUUGUGAUUGAUUAUAGUGUAUGUGGGCGUGGACGUGCAAGGUGAGGAGAAAGUGACAGACAGAAAGAGAGAGAAAGAAGGAAAGAGAUGGUCCUCCACAUCACCCCGUAUUCCAGUGCCUGUCUGCACUUCUUGGAUGGCUUGUCGUGGAGCCUGGUGUUUCCCUGCUACUGGUUCCUAGACCGGCUCCUGGCGUCCUGUGUGGCCACCUCGCUGGAGAAGCGACAGCGCUCCCAGGACCCCUGCUCCUUCCUCACGUUAUGUGUGCUGAUCUCCGCACCCCUUUACCUGCUCCUCCUCCUCGCCUCCUUGCCCUUUGCUCUGCUGGGCUUCAUCAUCUGGGCUCCCCUGCAGGCAAUCCGCCAGCCCUACCUGUACACCUACUGCAGGCCAGACAAACACCAGGCUGAACAAGGUCAAGCAGGUGCUGGAAUUGGGGAAUGGAGGCCACAGGGCAGAAGCUUCUGUUUCUGCAGUGCCAAUGUUUGCCUUCUGCCUGACUCCCUAGCAAGGUUUAACAACCUGUCAGACACCCACCGGAGAGCACGGGAGGUAGGGAAGAGGAUCCGCAAUGGUGCCAGCCGACCUCAGAUUAAAAUCUACAUUGACUCACCUACCAACACUUCUAUCAGUGCGGCGUCCUUCAGCAGCCUUGCCACAGGUUUCCGCCGUACCUCAUCGUUGGACCAACGUCCAGACCAAACACACACAACCAAUGGCCCAGCCGACACCGAAACUGAACCUGCCACCGAGUGCCCGAUUCACCCCUCAGGUGCCACUGACUGCCCCGUUCACCCUUCUGUGAAUGACCAGGGCUCUGCUGAAUGCCCUGUGCACCCUGAUGGGGCAGACACUACAGCAGAAUGCCCUCUCCACCAAGGGGAGACUAAAAGCAGCUCAGACUGUCCCAUUCACACCUCAGGGGAGGCUCCAGACUGCCCCGUGCAUUCCACAGUAGCUCAGAGUGCUCCUGGUCAUCAUGACUGUCCCAUGCAUGGGGAUGGGACCCAGCCAAAACCCGCAACAGACUGUCCGCUUCACACCUCAGGGGUUCAAAUUAGCAUCAGUGCUCCAGAGCCGGACCCCCAGGAAGAGGAGGCGGAGACAGGGAACCACCGGCCUGGAGAGCACGGAGGGGCAGACACGGGCAGCAUGACUGCUUCUCGUGAGUCCCUUGCUCGUUACCAUGGAAGUGAUGGCGGGAUAGGGAUAUCCUCCAACAACACUCUCUCUCAUGUCCCACGCACAUCAAUAUUCAAGCGCCCAGGUCGAAAACGCCGCCACGGAGAUGAAACAUUCGACCAUGACAUCUCUGCCUUUUUCCCUGCCAACUUGGAUUUCCUGGCUCUACAGGAGGUAUUUGACCAUGGAUCGACUACUAGACUACGGCGCCAGCUGCAUCGCUAUUUUCCCUACAUCCUGAGCGAUGUUGGGCGGUAUGGCUGGAAAGGCUGCUGCUCCAGGUUCAAAUUCCUGAACAGUGGGCUCAUGCUGGCAAGCCGCUACCCAAUCCUGGAUGCACGAUACGAGUGCUACCCCAAUGGCAGAGGGGAAGAUGCACUGGCGGCCAAGGGGGCGCUGUUUGCCAAGGUUCACGUGGGCACCUCACACCAAGAGCAGAGGGUGGUGGGAUACGUCACAUGUACGCAUCUCCACGCCAUAGAAGGUGAUGCAUCAGUACGGUGUGAGCAGCUGGACCGGUUGCUUCAGUGGGGGGCUGAGUUUCGCCAGUCAUCAUCCAUACCACUGGAAGGAGAGAAGGUGCUGGAAGACCUGGUGGCCUUCGACGUCAUCCUGGGAGACCUCAACUUUGACAACUGCUCUUCAGAGGACAAGCUGGAGCAGCAGCACGCACUUUUUACUCAAUACAAGGACCCAUGUCGCCUGGGGCCAGGGGAGGACAAACCAUGGGCUCUGGGUACUCUGCUGGAUCCCAGUGGCCUUUAUGAUGAAGAUGUCAGUUCACCGGAAAGUUUACAAAAACUUAUGGAGAACGAAGAGGGAAGGAAGGAGUACCUGGUGUUUCCUCCCAGUAAGAGCCAGUGUCCCGCCAGCAGUCAGAAGGGAAGGAAAAUCCCGCUGAAGGGCAACGGACGCCGUAUUGACUACAUCCUUUACAGCGACGAGGGCCUCCAACAGGACUGGAAACUGGAAAUCGAGGAGUUCAGCUUCGUCACCCAGCUGGCCGGCCUCACCGACCACCUGUCUGUGGCCAUGCGCUUGGCUGUUUCCACUGGGGAAGAGGAGCCUUAGACUCAUCACCUGAGCUUUUUAUUUAAAUACUGCCAUGGAGAAGAGCAGACAGCCAGGAUGAGAAGAAGAUGUUAUAGAUAAGGAGGUGCUCAAGGAAAGAUUGAUGGGGCAGCAAAUAGAUGGAUGAAUGAACGAAGGAGGAUUAAUGAAGGUAGAGAAGAGGACCACCUGAGGGGAGAGAGACUCUGAGAGACUCUGAGCAGGAGAGAUAAGCAGGGGAAUUCAGUUUAGGAAACCAGAAAGAUUUUCAUCUUCCUGGGUAAAUCACCCACUCAGUCACACACAUUAAAUACAGCACCACCCACAAGAGAUCGACUUCUCGACUGUUGAGUAUCGCCUGGCCUCUCCUCCAACGCUCCCUCUGGAACUGAGUCCAAAGGGUUUUAUUUUCAGUGAAUGGUUUCAUGUAGCCAAUACACACACUCCUUUUAUCAGAUCUGUUUUAGUCGUAGUGUUAGUAUGAUUUCUUUUUUUAAUUAUAAUUAUUGUUAUUAUUAUUCUACCUUCAGGGACAGAAGGGACAAACACAUUAUUGGAGAGAAGCGUACAGCUACAGACUGGCCUUUACACUGACCGUCUGUGUCUUUGUGUCGUGUUCCUUGCUGAAAGGCUCUUGGUCAGUUAUUCACCUUACUGCUCUCACAGUCAGUCCCAGGAACCUCAACAAGUGUCUUUUCUUUUCUAAAAAAAAAAAACAAGUCUUUCUAAAAGGAUGAAAUCAAUGUACAAUUUCUAUUGUGGCCGCACCAAUUUUUAUAAGGAGUUGAAAUGCCUGUUUAAUAUUAUAUGGUAUGUUUCUAUAAAGAGGUAUUGUUUAAAGGGACAUGAAACUGGAGACAAAACGUUGUCGGUUGAAUGCGAUGCGACGCUACAGCAUGUUUCCUCAGCCAUAUUUGGUGAAACCAUUGGUGAAGCUUUGCUGAUGCAUGAUGGGAAAUGGUGUUAGUUUACAACAUUCAUAUAAAGGCUUGACACAUACUUAUACGUGUCUGAAUGCCUCAAGGGGCAUUUUGGCUCUCAAACACAUACCUGCGUGUCUGUGUGGCAUUUGUGCAUGCUAAUGCUAAUAACACACAUACAGAGGAUUUAGCUAAUGCAGGCACACAGCUACACACAUGACAUAAGGAGGGCUUUCAGUGGAUGUAACAAAAAACCCCUGGCAGCCAAAUUGGACCUCUUCACGAGUCCGACACGAAACAUGGCGAUCUUUUUGAGAGACUAGAUAUUGUCAACUUGUUAGCAAACAAACCGUAGUAGCUGGUUGGAAAACCAUCACUUUAUUGUGAGCACAUCUGUUUGGUUCACUUGGUAAAUUCCAGCAUGAAGCCCAGUUAUUAGCACAGCAAGUUGUCCAGUGGAUUAUUACGUUGACAGCCAUAUUGCGACGCAACUGCAAAACCUCAUUGUUCUGUAACAUUUUAAACACCUACAGGCUGUGCAAUAUGCCACGUAAACUCAAUAUAAAGUUCAAAACAGUCCCAAAGAUUAGCACAGACCGACCAAGAAGACACAGAAUUCAGAUUUUAUUGCAUCAAACGCUUCUUUUUUCACUUUUUUCACAAAUACCUUUAAAUAACAGAAACUAUCCUGGUUUUUUUUUUACAAUGUAUCCAAUAUUUUCAAAAAGCAGGACAUGUUCUGGUUUGUUGUUGUUGUUUGUUUGUUUUUAUUGCGGCACAAAUUCCUGGGAAUGAUUUGCCAGUAAAUGUUCUAUAAUUACCUGGAUUUCAUUUUUCUUUUUAAAUGGAGAAGUGUCGAAGUGAAAAAACAAAACGUAACUGAAGGUGUGUUCAGACUGAAAGCACAUGUGAGACUUUUUCUCUUUAAUGAAAAAACAAAAAAUCCCAAGUAUUUUAGCUGUUUGUGCAAAUUCAGUCAAAUUCCCACCAACUGCUUUGCCUUCAGCCUAAAUGCACCUUCAGAUUUCUGCUGUACUGUGUUACAAUGUGGAGAAACUGGCUGGACAAUUUUGAAAUACUAAAUCAUUAUAAAGCCAUUACACCGACUCUCUGUGUGUAACAGAGCCAAACAGACCAUGGUAUCAAACAGGAGCUGGAACUUUGAGAAGUGUUUAGAGACAUGUGCUUACUCAAACUGUCCUUAAAUACCCCCAGACAUGCAGCUGUGGUGCUGUGAACUCAGAGUGCUGUGGGCGAGUGACCUUGUUACCUUGAACUUUAAGAAACGAGGAAGCAGUUUUUAAACUAUCAGUAUUCUUAAGUGAGAUGCUGCCAAAUUAAACAGUUCUGCUUGGAAAAACUACAACUGUCAUUCAUACAGCAAAUACCUUGAAUAUAAAACAGGCAAACAUUAGCCAUCACAAGCUAAUGGUCAUAUCAAGCCAAGUCAAGUUUGCAUCCAAAUGCUAGAUUCGUAUUUUCUCCACAGUACCUGUUGUUUAGCACCACACAUGCUAACCUGUAAACAGUAAAUGCAGUAAACUCCAGAUUACUCUUCUACCAUUCUGUUUAAUCCAGGAACUACACCCAUACUGCCAUCGGUCAAUAUGGGCCGUAACACCUCUCUCUCUGAAUAAAACAUGCUUUACGGUGAUAGUUAAGUUUGCAGAUACUGUCUAUAUACCAUGAUCUGCAGGGUAAACAAUGUUUACAACAGUUUUGUGACCUUUCUACCUGUCUCGUAAUCACUUCAGGGGAAACGUUUCACUUCAAGCAUCACUUUCAGCAUCAGUGCAAAUAUGAAUAUGUUGGGGCAACUUCAUGUGGUAUUUUCCCCCCAGUUAAAGUGCUAGCUGGCAUUUCUCUGAAUAAAAACUGUGCUGAAUGAUAACCCAGGGUGGCCAGUGCACUAUAGUAUGUUUACAGGCAUGGUAUCAGCAGUCUACAUCCUGCUGUUGUGAGUGUGUGUGCAUGUGUGCGUGUGUGUGCACAGGACUUGUCAGUCAUCCUGUUAUGUAUGUUCAGCUUACAGUUUUGCAUACAGUAUGAGUCCAUCUGUCAUGUGACUCUCUAUAUUACUCAUGGUAUUAUUAUGACUGACACGUUCUUGUUUUUACCAAGUCUGUGCUUCACCAUGUUCCUUUUUUAUUUGAUUUUUCUGAGACAAAGUCAGGUGAAUUUGAGAAUAAUCACUGCUUUGCUUAGGGUAACAUCACACACCCAAGAGCACUUGGUAAAUAGUCAUGUAAAUACACUAUAUGAGUAAAGGAAAGGUCUGCUAUGAGGUAUAAUAAAUCAAAGGUUUGGAGAAGUACUGUGUUAGCCAAUGUAAACAUUUAUUUAUAAACCUUUAUUUUUCAACUGUUGUAUUUAUUGCAUCAAAUCUGAAUACUGCCGAACAGUUCAUUUGUAAGAAUGGACAGACAAACAGUGUGACACGUCUUAUUUUAAAGCUGGACUGUGAAGGUUUUUGAUUUUAUAUUUGGAUUUCAUUUUGUUUUGCUAAUUCUUCUGUGUUAUUUUUAAUAUUUCCGAUUUAAAGUUCAAAGGAGAGUGUUGGUUUGUGUGGGUGUUGAGGGUUUAUACCAAGCCUUAGGUUUGCAGUUGGGUGACUUUUCAGUCAGUCAUGCGUAAACUUAGCAGUUGGAGGCAAAUAUGAACUCAUCCUGUUGUGUAUUCCUGUGAACUCUUUCUAAGCAGUGUGUUAGGCUGGUGAAGAGAAAAAUGCUCAAGUGUAGUUCCAUUUAAGUGGCAUUAAAUUCAAUUUCUGGGCCACUUUAAUGCUCUUAAACUGGUCUGCUGUUUGGUGCUGGGCAGGCACAUUGACUACAGAUGCAACCGCUGACUGUAUAUAAAGAUGGACAAAUAGCACAUGUCCACUUUAUCUUCCAAAACUGAUGGAAGAUAUAUGCUGGUGACAAUAUCUCUGUUGUAGUGAUUAGAAGUAGAUCCUAGUAUGAGUGGUUCUUCUAACAUCACACAAAAUUAUUAUUACAAGUCAAUAAAUUCCUCUCCCCCAACUCCACGUCCUACUUCCAGAUCAAAUUUCCUGAACAUUAAAAACACAUUUUCAAAUUUAACUGGAAGAUAAAACCCAUGAUCUCGAAACUCCAAAAAUGUGGAAAUUAGCAGACAUCAAAUAAAUAAAUGAGUAGUAAUAAUUACAAUAGGGAAUUGAAACAACCAAAGAUCAAGUCCUUUAUAAACCAAAUUGAACAAGUAUAGUACUUUCUAAAGUCACUUCAUGCGCCUAUUUUCAUUUGAUAUUAGAACAGCCUGUAAAAACAAUGUUAAUGUCUCCCAGAGUUAAGUGUUAAUAUGAAACAGUGAUGUGCAGAAAAUAAACCGACAGAUAUUCUAAACUAAGGAUGAAUAUGGUUUGACUUUGAUAGGAGAUUAAAACUGAGACCAUUUACUUUUCAUUAGCUCUGGAUGAAAAGGAUAAAUGGUACGGUGUUCUGAGACGGACAUAUAGGUAAAAAAUAAAAUUCAGAAUCAAUUCAAAGUCUUAAAAUUUUAAUGCAUCAACUUGUCUCAAGUAAAGGUUUUGGUUUAUUCACCAAAAGACUAUUUACAUGUUUGUAGAGGAGAAAAAUUAUUAUUGCAAAUUUGGAAUUUUAGUCCUGAUAAAUAUUGUAUUUGUGCAAUAUUCAGUGCUCGGAGGUCUUAAAACCUCGAUGCCUUCGCUGUGCUAUCAGACUAUAUUAAUUAUCUAGUUUAUAAAAACCAAACACUUUGAAUUUUUAAAAAGUAUUUGCUUUAGCCCUCUGAAGUCUAAGUCAUUAUCAGCUCUAAACCCUAAACCUAAGGAGGAAAGCAAAAAGGACACCACUGUUGUUGACGUACACAUUGGUGAGUUGAGUCCUUUUGAUGAUUGUAACCAUUUUAACAAAUAAUCGGGCUGUAGCUUUUUAAUUCCUGAUUAAUUCUGAUUAAUAUGUACUGACCAUGUCAGCACUAUAUUAAGGAAAACACUCUGCCAUUAAUGAUGCCACCACCUCCCAGCUGACUGCGAAUGUUGCUACUCACAACCUAAAAACAGUGCAAUCUAGACUAUGAACAUUUAUAGAGCUGAAAUUAUUUCUCUUGAAUAAUUAUAAUUAUGCAGUCUAGCACCUUUUGUUGUAAAUAGGAGAACAACAUAUUGUUUCAAAUCUGCCUCACUGCACUGCUGCUCCUGACAAUCAAACAACUGGAAUUGUUUGGUCAAAGGCUCGUUAGGAGCUUCAACCACAGCCACACAAACCUUAACUGUAAUGACACCCAGGCCCACUUCCAUCACUUCAGCCCUUUAAAAACAAACAUUAGGACAAAAUUAGAUUCUCACAACGGUCAGCUGAUUGGCUUGUAAGUGACAGGAAUGUAGACACCUAGAUAACGUAGUGCUCCCGACACUUUAGCCUCCAUUAUCCUGCUGCAGGGAGAUGACCAAAGUUAUCAUUAUAAAGACUAAAGAUGAAGAUGUGCACCGUACUUUGGUGAACACAUGAAAAAUAAUUUACUCCUUCCUGCAUCUUUUGGUGUCUGUAUUCUUAGGGGAGCUAACCAGCAGGCCAGUUGAUGUCUGUAUGUCUGAUAUAAUUUUGCUACAUUUCUGAUCACAAAUCACUGCCUGCCUUGUGUCCAUGUCGAGUUCAGGACAGAGUUAUUCAGCAGUUAGUUGGGGAUUUGAGCUCUAACCUUUUGUAGCUGCAUGUAGUGUAAUAUUGCUUUAGGCGUGUAGACUUCAUAGGAGUGAUGCUUCACUUUUGCAAUCCUUUUCUCAUUUGUUUUUUUUUUCUAUCAUGUGUCUCCAUGUUUUUUAUUGAUUCUUGUCUUUUGGGGGGGAGGGGCUUAUCGAUGGGUUUGUCUGGCUGGGUCUCUGUAACUUGGCUCGGGGGAUCAACUGCUUUUCUCUUUCUAAGCUUCUUCAACAAAACUGCUUAUUUUCCUCUGCUUUUCUAAAGAAAAAAAUCAAAGGAACUUUCCCCUC